AUGGAAUGGAUAAAUAAAUUGAGAGAUAUACUUAAGUACAAUGAUAAUGAAAAUAAACUCUCUACUAAUAGUGAUAGCAUCGAGCCUUUCUUCCAACAAAGUUAUGAAAUAGAAGGGUGCUAUCGUUGUAAUUUAUGUACGAAAGGUUUAAAUUUAGGGAACUAUAUUUGUGAUUUAUUUCUAAUGGAGGAUAAGUUGCUGGUAUUUCAUAUAAUUAAUCGAACAAAUGUGAACAUACCCUGUGUAUUAGCGCCUGUAGCUGCAACAGCUUUUGCAAUAUCUUGCAGUGAUGGUAAAUGUUCAAAUUUAUUUAAAGGCGAAUGGUUCGUUCUACCACUUAGCCAUAUUGUAGAUACUGAAGUAAUUGAUCAUAAUACCAUAGAUAUACAAACUAGAACUGGUGUAAUCUAUCAUAUUACAAACAAUGAUGAAUGUAUCAGAAGAAUUGUGGAUAUUUGGAAUCAGUUAUUAUAUGAAAAGAAUAAAAAUGAGAAAAGUGGAUCUUCAUUAUCUGAAAUUACAGUAUUAGAAGCACCAGUACCAAUAGCUAAUUUAAAUUCUGAAUUAUGCUCCAGUCUAAUUUCAUUCCCUUCUCUAUUGCAUGUCUUUCCAUGCUGUAUAGUCCCAUUAUCUCCUCUAAAUCUACUUAACAUUUUAUCCCAUGAAUCGUUCUAUGGAAAGUAUAUUUUGGAUCCACAAACAACUUAUGAAUUAACAGUUGGUAAAUGGGACAAAUUAGAUAAGAAUAACAGUGCAAAAAGUGGAUCUUGUAGAAAUGUAGAAUAUAAAAAGAAAUUAAAUAGUGGGUUUGUGACUAUAUGGAUAUCAUUUUCAGAAAAGCAUGAGGUUUGGCUUGGAGAAGACUUCAAAGAUGCAGUUCUUAGUAUCAAUGUAAAAUUUUCACUAUUUGAAAAAGAUAUUGAAAUAAAGAUCUUUCAGAGAGUAACCGGGAUUGAAUCUGAUAAAUCUCAACUAGAUAUUGAGUGUGAAUUAGCAAAUGCUUCAGUUUUACCAUACUUUUUAUUAUAUCAAGUGGAAGCACCGACUAUAAAUAAUAUUAAACUUACUGUUAAAAACUAUCGAGAUGGUAUUCAAGAAGAGUUAUCAACUAAAGUGUUUGGUAAUCAUUCUAUUAAUAAACAAAUUGAAUCUGAUGUAGAUAAAUCCCCCUUAUGUGACAUCGAAGUAAAUCAAACAUGCUGCCUUAGUCAAAUGUACAAAUUCUUUAAUUAUCUAUUAUCAUUUGCUAAUUAA